AUGCAACCAUUGACAAGAGACAGUGUUGCCAUUAACAAGUUACAGUACUGUAUUGACAAGUCACAAUGCUCCAUUAACAAGUCACCGGAUAAACCAUUGACAAGGGAUAAUGUUGUCAUUGACAAGCCACAACGCCUUCUCUCCACCACUUCCAUGUCCAUUACCCAAUCCCCUCUUAUCCCAACCAUCCUCCUCGCUCGCAGAUCUAUCAACCCACCUUCUCUAGCAUUGUGCUUGCUUGCUCUGGUUUGUUUCACGAUCUUCCAAUGCCACAUCAAUCGGUUCGGCAACUCAGGCUUCAACUUCAGUGGCCGACCACACAUAGAGAUGGCCCCACUAUUUCCUGAUUGUGACUAUGAGCACUGGCUCAUUGUCAUGGACAAGCCAGGGGGAGAGGGUACUACCAAACAACGGAUGAUUGAUUGUUAUCUACAAACUAUUGCUAAGAUUGUCGGAAUUGAAGAGGAAGCUAAGAAGAGGAUUUAUAAUGUUUCUUGUGAGAGGUACUUCGGAUUCGGGUGUGAGAUAGACGAGGAGACAUCUUUUAAGCUAGAAGGGUUGCUCGGCAUACUAUUUGUCCUCCCAAGAGACUAA